AUGACGGUUGCAAACUUAGCUAUUUCCCCAGCCUCUCUCAUCUACCUUACCUUGCUGGUUCUUGCCGGUCAUGUCGUGACCUUCAUUCUUAACACUCUUCGUCCGAAAGCUUUCCCUCCUGGGCCGCGCGGGCUUCCCGGCCUCGGCAACCUCCUCCAGGUCGAUAGAACUUUCCCCUUUCUCACCUAUAGCAAAUGGGCCAAAGAUUAUGGAAGCAGCACUCCCCUGGGAAUCAAGAAGGGCGCAACCAAUGUCGUCAUAUUGAACAGCAGCCGUCUAGUCCGUGAACUAUUUGAAAAGCGCGGUGCUGUGUAUAGUGACCGUCCUUGGCAGUUCAUGAACAGCACCUGGAUCUUCAAAGACGACCUCAAAGCCGCCAUCUUUCAGAACAGCUCGUCCUGGCUCACCUCUUGGCGCAGGGACUUCAACAAAACUUUCGGCCUAGCGGCCAUCACGAGGCUCCGGCCUGUCUACGAGGCCGAGACAGCCAGGCUCCUGGUCAAGUUGCUUGAGGCCCCGAACGCGAGAAGGAAGGAUCUAGAAGCCAUUCUCGUUUGUUGGAUGAUGAGCGUGCCGUGCCUGGGAGUGUGUGGCAGGCGCCCGGAUUCCAUGGGCGAUCAUGGCUUUGGAAUCAAACAGUUCAGACAUUGUAGUGACGAGUACGCCACCCUGGUCGCACCGAACAUAGGGGACUUGUUCCCAUUUCUGCGCUACCUUCCCGAGUUCUUCGGGAUGGCCGAGUGGAAAGAAAAAGCUCGAGCCGCCAGGGAGGCGAUUCUUAAGACGGGUACCCAGUUUCUGAGCGCUGCCAGGGAACAGCGCGCGGCUUUAGACGAGGGCAAGUCGAUCGCAUGGGAGAGCGUGCUGGCAAAGAUGUUGAGGGAUCAGCACGAGAAAAAUGAUGACAUGUUCACGGUAACAGACAUGGGCAACACCGCGUUUCACAUCGUAUCAGCAGCGACGAACACGUCGCUAGCUGUGUUCUCGAUCAUGCUGAUGAUUCUCGCAAAAGACCCACAACUUCAGCAACGAGUCAGAAACGAGGUGCUUGAGGCGUCGGGAGGCGCAACCCCCACAGCAACCGAUAUACCUGACCUGAAGUAUACAGACGCGUUUUGGAACGAGGUCCAUCGCUGGCGUCCCGUCGCUCCGCAAGGGGUCGCCCACGCUACGUCGCAGGACGACAUUUAUAAUGGCCAUCGCAUCCCCAAAGGCACUGCCGUUGUCAUGAACGUAUGGAGCAUUCACCACUCUGAGGUGGACUACGAUGAGCCCGAGGAGUUUAUUCCGGAACGUUUCCUGCAACACCCGUUAGGGAUGCGGCCGGACCAGACGUUUGAUCCUGCUCACCCAGAUGCGUCAACUGCGCGGGUCACUUGGGACUUUGGGGCGGGGCGGAGGAUAUGCCCGGGGAUGCAUUCAGCAAAGCACAGCUUGCUCCUUGGCCUGGCUAAGGUACUCUGGGCUUUUGACAUUCUGCCAGCCGAGGGAAAGGAAAUCGACUUGAGCUUGGAGACUGGCUUCGUGCAGGAGAUUGCCCUACACCCCAAACAUCUUGAUGUCGUUCUAAAAUUGAGAGAUGAGCGCGCCGAGCAGGAUAUCUUGGAUCACUACUCUCAAACGUAUGCAGCCGAGGCAGAGCUGAUGGGCUGGAAAGACGGCCUAUACAAGUAG